AUGAAAUACGUCGAUUUUGUGAUCUUAGCUCAAGUCCCACUAUUAGCUUACCAGGGUGUGCUCGCUCAGGCGCCUGUUGCCAGUGGAGCGCAAAGCAGCGUUAGUCUAUUGGCUGCCGGUGCAGCCGCUGCGGAUAGCGGUGCCUCUUUAUCUCCCUCUGCCCCAUCCACUGCUGCUAGUGCUAACAGUGCAUCUGGUGCUAGCAGUGCAUCUGGUUCUGUAUCUGGCUCCGCUAUAACUGGCAGUUUAGAGAUUCUCACGGUUGGCGGCAGUGGAUCUGCUCCGGGCGCUGCAACUACCGGCUCUUUGUCCAGGUCCGCUUCAGCUUCAGGUGCUGCUAGUAACAGCACAGCUGCCAAGAGUUCGGCUUCUGGUGCUGGCGCCUCUAAAAAUGCUCCAACGGCCUCUGAUUCUGCAGGUUCGACUGUCCUUCCUAAAUCAUCUGCAGCUUUAAAUCAAACUUCAAGUGCAGGCUCUUCUAAGGCUAGUUCGGGUGAAGCAGGCAUGCUAGCUGCCCCUGUCGCAGCUGGUAUUCUGGCUGUCGCAGCUGCUUUAAUCUAA